CGCGUUGCUCACUGGCCACACUGGCCGCCUGGUGCUCCGCGAGGGGCGUGUGCCAGAGCCGCGCACCCGCGGGCUCCAUGUUCACCGAGCUGAGGUCAAAGCUGAGCCCCCCGCGAGCUCGCGCCGGGGCUGUGCGUACAGGCUUCGGGGAGCGCCCGGAUGUGGACGCCUCUGCCCAUUUCAGCUUCUGCCAGAACCUCCUAGAGCACACAGUAUCAGCUGAGAACAUACCCUGCCACCUGCCUCGGACACCAGGCACCAGCCUCACAUGGCAUGACUCCCGCAGCCAGAGGGCAUCCAGCAGCAGGCCAAUCAAGCUCCUUCAACAGCCGGGCUCAGAGGCCCCCCAGGCCCGGCUAUACUCCGAUCACUAUGGCUUGUACCAUACAAGCCCUUCACUGGGUGGCCUGACAAGGCCGGUGGUCUUGUGGAGCCAGCAAGAUGUUUGCAAGUGGCUCAAGAAGCAUUGUCCUCACAACUACCUCGUCUAUGUCGAGGCCUUCUCCCAGCAUGCCAUCACUGGCCGGGCUCUGCUUCGACUGAAUGCAGAUAAGCUCCAGAGAAUGGGGUUGACCCAAGAGGCUCAGAGGCAGGAGGUGCUACAGCAGGUGCUCCACCUGCAGGUUCGUGAGGAGGGGCGGAGCCUCCAACUGCUCAGCCAAGCUUCCUUCGGAAACAUGUCCUAGCUGCUGCCUAUACUUGGACCCCAGACCCCAACACUGUGACCAGAGCCCACAGCCAAGGAUGAGGCAGAGCUGGCCCUACAGCCCCUUUGGAUCCUGCAGGAUACCCGAGUGGCUAAGCCUAGUCCAGUGAACAGGGAGGGAUAGGAUGCCACCUCCAGGUGCCUCUAAAGAGGCACUGCAGGUUCAACCCUGUGGCUGGGAGGGUGGUUGCUGUCUGCUUAUAGACCUUUCUUCUAGGAUCCAAGCCCAGGUGCACCCCGGUGCUGCUGGCAGCAAACAGGGCAGCUGCCUGGGGCUAGAGUGGGGUUUGAAUGUCCCCAGACUCCCAGGGAGUCUGUUUAUUUAUGUUCCCUCCAACAUGUGACCAUCCCCUAUCUGAGUCAUGAGUCUUCUAGUUCUGUGUCUUCCCUAGGCACCUCCAGGUCAGCCACACAGUGGGACAAGCUGUCUUGGCUCUCUUUCAGGUGUAUCCGUCCCCUAGCUCUCCCAGAGUACAGCUGGCCCAACCUGUUGUCACAGUGAUGGUCAUCAGUUCAGCUAGGCAUCAUGUCAUGUGCUUCACUCAGUGGUUAUGAAACUCCUGCCUCCCCUAUCCAGUCAUGAGAACUGAAGUUGAGAGGGGCUCAAGAUGCUCAAGCUGCGAUGCCAGUAUGUGGCACACAGAUUCCAGGCUGUACAGGUGACUCCGUGCACAGCCCACCAGUUCAGCAAUGUUCUCAAUAUUAACUUUGAAGAAGUCUUGCUUUUAAACAUCUUCCCUAUUCUCUGGCUCUUAGAGACCAUCUUGGAGGGGUGUGUGUGUGUGUCCGUGCUCAAGUGUGUGUGCGCGCGUGCGCCCUCAAGGUUGCCCCUAUGGCAUUCUCAUAAAAACCUGUAUUCACAUAAGAAAAAUAUGUAGAGUUGUUCCUACCAUGUGUCACUAGAUACCUGAACAACCCCUCCUUGGGAAUUUGGGGGCUGGUGUUGCCAGGAAGGAGGACAGUGAGGAUGACCCUGGUAGCUCACUUUCACUCUGCCCACUACUAACUUUCCCAGGGACUCUAAAAUCUCAGGGGCAGUUGAGGCUCAGCCUCCAGUUCCCUCUGUGUGCCAGGAGCUGGCCUCGAUUCAAGGUUGCUCAAUACAGUUAAUUUGGGGCACUGGCCUGGUAUCUCCCAUUCUGUAUGCCCUCCAUCCAUGGAGGGGCUCCCUUAUUGUGUUUGCCUGCCUCUAGAAUCCCCUAGUCCUGUGCCUGCCAACCAGAGGGCCCUCUCUGCCCCUUUCUCUCUCCUUUGUUGUUUCUACCCUGUGUUUCUGUCUGUCCUGUCUUCAUUGGUUUCCGGUCACUUUUUUUAUACUCUGAAAAAAAAAAAAAACACCUCAGAAAUAAAUCUGGUUCUCAAAUGCCA